AUGUACAUGAAACGAUUCACUGGCUCGAUUUGUUAUUACACAGAGUUUUUCAGAGGUAAAUUUAUCCGAAUUCACUUUGGUCCCUCUGGAAAACUAGCUGGUGCUGAUAUAGAAACAUAUUUACUUGAAAAAGCUCGAGUAAUUUCUCAACAAACAUUAGAGCGAUCUUACCAUAUUUUCUACCAGAUGAUGUCAGGAUCUGUUAAGGGACUGAAAGAAAUGUGCUGUCUCUCGGAUAACAUCACUGACUACUACUUCGUAUCUCAGGGCAAAACGACCAUUCCUGGUGUUGAUGAUGGCGAGGAACAUGUUGCUGUUAUCCAACAAUAUUCGGGACUAUUAUUUCGUGUCUCAAGGCAAGACGACUAUUCCCGGCCUCGACGAUGGGGAAGAACUGCUUGCUACCGACAAAUGUGUUUCUUGUCAAAUAACAUAUACGACUAUUACAACGUAUCACAAGGAAAAAUUACAAUUCCCAACGUAGAUGAUGGUGAAGAAUGUGUACUCACGGAUCAAGCGUUUGACGUACUUGGAUUUACUCAACAAGAAAAAGAUGAUAUCUACAAAAUUACGGCUUCUGUCAUGCAUAUGGGUGGAAUGAAAUUUAAACAGCGAGGACGUGAAGAGCAAGCUGAAGCUGAUGGUACAGAGGAAGGUGAACGUGUAGCAAAACUGCUUGGUGUCGACUGCCAAGAUAUGUACAAAAAUUUACUGAAGCCGAGAAUCAAAGUCGGAAAUGAAUUUGUCACUCAAGGUCGUAAUAAAGAUCAAGUUGCUUAUUCAGUUGGUGCCAUGUCUAAAGCCAUGUUUGAUCGAAUAUUCAAGUGGCUAGUCAAGAAAUGUAACGAAACUUUGGACACUAAACAAAAACGUCAACAUUUUAUUGGUGUAUUGGAUAUUGCUGGAUUUGAAAUUUUUGAUUACAAUGGAUUUGAACAACUCUGCAUCAACUUUACAAAUGAAAAACUUCAACAAUUCUUUAAUCAUCACAUGUUUGUACUUGAACAAGAAGAAUAUAAGAAAGAAGGAAUCGUUUGGCAGUUUAUCGAUUUUGGAAUGGACUUGUUAGCCUGUAUUGAACUCAUUGAGAAGUUUAAUAGCUUCGAGCAGCUCUGUAUCAACUUCACUAACGAGAAGCUGCAACAAUUCUUCAACCACCAUAUGUUUGUUCUUGAACAAGAAGAAUAUACGCGAGAAGGCAUUGAAUGGGCAUUUAUUGAUUUCGGUAUGGACCUUCUUGCCUGUAUCGAGCUAAUUGAAAAGUUCAACAGCUUUGAACAACUUUGUAUCAAUUUCACCAACGAGAAAUUGCAACAAUUUUUCAAUCACCACAUGUUUAUUCUUGAACAAGAAGAAUAUCAGCGAGAGGGUAUCGAAUGGACGUUUAUUGACUUCGGCAUGGACCUUCAACAAACAAUUGACUUAAUUGAGAAGCCUAUGGGAAUUUUAUCAAUUCUUGAAGAAGAAUCUAUGUUCCCAAAAGCCACGGAUAAAACAUUUGAAGAAAAACUCAACAACAAUCACUUGGGAAAAAGUGGAAACUUCCUAAAACCAAAACCACCCAAGCCGGGACAACAAGCAGCUCAUUUUGCUAUUGGCCAUUACGCUGGAAAUGUUCCAUACAAUAUUACUGGGUGGUUAGAGAAGAACAAGGAUCCUUUGAACGAUACUGUGGUUGAUCAGUUCAAAAAAUCUAACAAUAAAUUAUUAGUAGAAAUCUUUGCUGAUCACCCAGGUCAGUCUGGUGAUGGAGGAAAAGAUGCUAAGGGUGGUCGUGGUAAAAAAGGAGGUGGAUUUUCUACUGUCUCAUCAUCUUACAAAGAACAAUUGAAUAAUUUGAUGACAACUCUAAGAGCAACUCAACCUCAUUUUGUUCGGUGUAUCAUUCCUAAUGAAAUGAAACAAGCAGGAGUAAUCGAUUCGCAUCUUGUCAUGCAUCAGUUGACUUGUAACGGUGUACUUGAAGGAAUCCGUAUUUGUCGUAAAGGAUUUCCAAAUCGAAUGAUGUAUCCGGAUUUCAAACUUCGAUACAAAAUUCUGUGUGCAAAAGCUGUUAAAAACGGAAUGGAUCCGAAAAAAGCCACUGAACUCAUCUUAGAUUCAAUAGAACUAGAUCAAGAUCAGUUCCGUUUUGGAGCUACCAAGGUAUUCUUCCGUGCUGGAGUCUUAGGUCAAAUGGAAGAAUUGCGUGAUGAACGUCUUAGUAAGAUUGUUUCCUGGAUGCAAGCUUACAUGCGUGGUUAUUUGGCCCGUAAAGAUUUCAAGAAAUUACAAGAACAACGUCUGGCUCUUCAAGUUGUUCAGCGUAAUCUGCGAAGAUAUCUUAAACUUCGUACAUGGCCAUGGUGGAAAUUGUGGCAGAAAAUUAAGCCUAUGCUUAAUGCGACUCGAAUUGAAGAUGAACUAGCGGAAUUACAAGAAAGAGCUCGUACUGCUCAAGAAAACUUCGAACGUGAAGAAAAGAUGCGCAAAGAACUUGAAGUCCUUAACGCUAAACUCCUUACCGAAAAAACUGAUCUUCUCCGACAACUCGAUGGUGAAAAAGGUUCUUUGACUGAAUAUCAGGAAAGAGCAAUAAAACUUGCAGCCCAGAAAAUGGACUUGGAAUCACAACUAUUGGAUGUAUCGGAAAGACUUCAACAGGAAGAAGACACACGGAAUAACUUAUUCCAAAAUAAAAAGAAAUUAGACCAAGAAAUUUCAGGAUUAAAAAAAGAUAUUGAAGAUCUCGAAUUAGCCAUUCAAAAAUCUGAACAAGAUAAAGCUACUAAAGAUCAUCAAAUAAGAAAUUUAAAUGAUGAGAUAGCUCACCAAGAUGAGCUUAUUAACAAACUCAAUAAAGAAAAGAAGAAUCAAAGUGAAAUCAAUCAAAAAACCGCCGAAGAACUUCAAGCAGCUGAGGAUAAAGUUAACCACCUCAACAAGGUGAAAGUAAAACUUGAACACACUCUCGAUGAAUUGGAAGAUACUUUAGAACGUGAAAAAAAACUUCGCGCUGAUGUUGAGAAAGGUAAACGAAAAACCGAAGGUGAUUUGAAAUUAACACAAGAAGCCGUAGCUGAUCUCGAACGCAAUAAGAAGGAAUUGGAACAAACUAUUCAGCGUAAAGACAAAGAGCUGUCUUCUCUGACUGCGAAGCUUGAAGACGAGCAAUCUCUUGUUGGUAAACUUCAGAAACAAAUCAAAGAAUUGCAGGCACGUAUUGAAGAACUUGAAGAAGAAGUUGAAGCAGAACGACAAGCCCGAGCCAAAGCAGAGAAACAAAGAAGUGAUUUGGCACGUGAACUUGAAGAAUUGGGUGAACGCCUUGAAGAAGCUGGUGGUGCUACAUCCGCACAAAUAGAACUUAACAAAAAGAGAGAAGCAGAACUUAGUAAACUUCGAAGGGAUCUUGAAGAGGCUAACAUUCAACACGAAUCAUCUCUUGCUAGUCUUCGCAAAAAGCACAAUGAUGCUUACUUUACAGAACUGAAUGAUCUUCGCGCAUCAGUCGAUCACAUAAGUAAUGAAAAGGCUGCUCAAGAAAAAAUCGCGAAACAAUUACAACACCAAUUGAAUGAAGCGCAAGGUAAAUUAGAAGAACUUAAUCGUACUGUUAACGACUUUGAUGCCGCAAAGAAGAAACUAUCUAUCGAAAAUAGUGAUUUAUUGAGGCAACUUGAAGAAGCUGAAUCACAAGUUAGUCAAUUGUCUAAAAUAAAAAUAUCACUAACAACUCAACUCGAAGAUACAAAACGGCUUGCUGAUGAAGAAAGUCGUGAACGAGCUACUUUGCUUGGUAAAUUCCGUAAUCUCGAACAUGACUUGGAUAAUAUCCGAGAGCAAGUUGAAGAAGAAGCAGAAGGAAAGGCUGAUCUUCAAAGACAGUUAAGUAAAGCUAAUGCUGAGGCUCAACUCUGGCGAAGCAAAUAUGAAUCCGAAGGCGUUGCAAGAGCUGAAGAGCUUGAGGAAGCUAAACGAAAGCUUCAAGCUCGAUUAGCUGAAGCUGAAGAAACUAUUGAAUCUCUGAACCAAAAGGUUAUUGCCCUAGAAAAAGUCAAACAGCGUCUGGCUACUGAAGUUGAAGAUCUACAAAUCGAAGUUGAUCGUGCUACUGCGAUCGCCAAUGCGGCUGAGAAAAAACAAAAAGCUUUCGACAAGAUCAUUGGUGAAUGGAAACUUAAAGUUGAUGACUUAGCAGCAGAACUUGAUGCUAGUCAAAAAGAAUGUCGCAAUUAUAGUACAGAGCUAUUCCGACUUAAAGGUGCGUAUGAGGAGAGCCAAGAACAAUUAGAAGCUGUUCGUCGGGAAAACAAAAAUCUCGCUGAUGAAGUCAAAGACUUACUUGAUCAAAUUGGUGAAGGAGGCCGAAACAUUCAUGAAGUUGAAAAAGCAAGAAAACGGUUAGAAGCCGAAAAAGAUGAAUUACAAGCAGCUUUGGAAGAAGCAGAAGCUGCUUUGGAACAAGAAGAAAACAAAGUUUUGCGUUCCCAAUUAGAGCUUAGUCAAGUAAGACAAGAGAUAGAUCGUCGCAUUCAAGAAAAAGAGGAAGAGUUUGAAAAUACAAGAAAGAACCAUCAGCGUGCUUUGGAUUCGAUGCAAGCAUCUCUCGAAGCAGAAGCUAAGGGCAAGGCUGAAGCAUUGCGAAUGAAGAAGAAACUUGAAGCUGAUAUAAAUGAAUUAGAAAUUGCUUUAGACCAUGCCAACAAAGCAAAUGCCGAAGCACAGAAAAAUAUAAAACGAUACCAACAGCAACUAAAAGAUGUUCAAACAGCUUUAGAAGAAGAACAGCGUGCCCGAGAUGAAGCUCGUGAACUUCUUGGAAUUUCAGAGCGGAGAGCUAAUGCACUUCAGAAUGAACUAGAAGAAAGUCGUACGCUUUUAGAACAAGCUGAUCGUGGUCGUCGUCAAGCAGAGCAAGAGCUAGCCGAUGCUCAUGAACAACUUAAUGAUCUCAGUGCCCAGAAUGCUUCAAUUUCUGCUGCCAAGAGGAAACUAGAAGCUGAACUCCAAACGCUUCACUCCGACUUAGAUGAACUUCUUAACGAAGCUAAGAACUCCGAAGAAAAAGCUAAGAAGGCAAUGGUAGACGCUGCUCGACUGGCAGAUGAGCUCAGAGCUGAACAAGAUCAUGCACAAACACAAGAAAAACUACGUAAAGCAUUAGAAGCUCAAAUUAAAGAAUUACAAGUAAGACUCGACGAAGCUGAAGCAAAUGCUCUGAAGGGUGGUAAGAAGGCUAUUCAAAAAUUAGAACAACGAGUACGAGAAUUAGAAAACGAAUUAGAUGGAGAACAAAGAAGACACGCUGACGCGCAAAAGAACUUGCGUAAAGCUGAACGUCGCAUCAAGGAACUGAGCUUCCAGGCUGAUGAAGAUAGGAAGAACCACGAACGCAUGCAGGAUCUAGUUGACAAGCUCCAACAAAAGAUUAAAACAUAUAAAAGACAAAUAGAAGAAGCAGAAGAAAUCGCAGCUCUUAACCUCGCCAAAUUCCGAAAAGCACAACAAGAGUUAGAAGAAGCUGAAGAACGAGCGGACCUUGCUGAGCAAGCCAUUACCAAAUUUCGUACUAAAGGACGUGGAGGAAGUGCAGCCCGAGGUUUAAGCCCAGCGCCAUUUAGGUCUGUUAUGAAACCUCAAAUUGAUGGAUCUGCCUUUCCACCUCGGUUUGAUCUUCAACCAGACGGUGAUUUUUAA